UAGCAGUUCUGUGUUAAAUUAUAUUUGUGGCAUGGAAAAAACUUAUCGAUUUGUGUGAAAGUUGCAAGCGGUGGCGGCACCGCUGCUCACAAUAAUUGGCAAAAAGAAAGUUUUUCCUUUGUAAAUCAAAGUUGUAAAUUGCACAAUGGAAAACUUAAACUUUGCACGCACGCCGCAAUUUCUGCGCAAAGUCAUCAACGAGGCGCGCAGAUCAUUUAUAAACAGUGACGACACCACAGCUGGUAAGGCAACUGAGGACACAACGACGCCACGCGACGAAAUGGAACUCGCCCACAGCUUGACUCUCAACGAGGAGGCAGUGAAACUGCUUCCGGAACAUAAGCGUGCAGUUUUCGAGCUGGAAUGGCUGCGUUAUCUGGAGAAGUCGCUGCCGCAUAUGCCCAAACAUGAGAUCAAGGCGGGACAAAAGAAACUUGUGCAGCAGCUCUCGGAGCGCAUUCAAGGGGCACCGGGUCCGCCUAUGCGCAAGCUUAUAGCCAGUGCAUUGGCCACGCUCUUUUCCGUGGGCGACACCUUCAUGCUCUUCGAUACGGUCAAUGCCUGCAAUGAUAUACUGAAGAACAAGGAUGACUCGCCCAGCUAUUUACCCACAAAACUCGCCGCAAUUUGCGUGCUGGGCUCCAUGUAUGAAAAACUGGGUCGCAUGAUGGGGCGAACGUACGAGGACACUGUCCAGAUCCUCAUACGAACGCUACGCAACGCUGAGUCGCAGGCACGCAUCGAAAUAAUGCACACGCUUGAGAAGGUGAGUGCUGGCAUGGGUACCGCCAUUGCCAACGUGCACAAGGACAUCUACAAAGCCGCCAAACAUUGCCUGUUGGAUCGCGUUAUGGCCGUGCGCGUAGCAGCCUCUCGCUGUAUACUCAAGAUGAUCUACAGCGCGCCGUUCCUGUACCAAACGGAACUGGAGAAUCUUGGCACGUUGUGCUUUCGCGCAUUUGAUGGCAGCAACUAUGAGGUACGCUGCGCCGUUGCCCAGUUGUUGGGCACACUGCUCGCCUACACGCAACAGCUGGCCGAGGCGGCGGGUAACAAGAAAUCCGCUCAAGCUCAGGUGGUCAUCGCAUUGCAAGCGGCAAAAGGUGGCGCCUUACGAUUGGUCUCAUUGGACGAAGCGCUGGGCAUACUCAUGUCCGGAUUUUUGCGUGGUGGCGCUUCAUUCCUUAAAGGAACUGGUGAAAUCAUCAAGGGCAGCUCGGGCGUCAAUCGUGAGGUGCGCGUUGGAGUAACCCAUGCCUAUGUGGUGUUCGUGCAGUUCAUGGGCAGUGUUUGGCUGGAGCGCCAGUUGAGCACAUUUCUAGCUCAUGUGCUGGAUCUGGUGGCAAAUCCGAAGGCAGCUUGUUCGCAUGUGGAUGCAGUCUAUUCCCGCAAGUGCAUCAACUUCAUAUUGCGCUCUACCAUUGGCAAGAUGCUGGGCGAGAAGGCGCAAAGCGCCGCCUGCAAGGAGCUCAUUCAUCUGGUGGCCAAGCAAAUGAACUCAAUUGAUUUUAAUCCAGAGAAUGCCAAGGACUCAAACCAGGAGACACUCUUCAGUCAGCAUUUGCUAGUGUGUGCCCUGCAGGAGCUAAGCUCCCUGUUUAUUGGACUAGGCACAACAGCACAGAAUCUCCUGACAGAUCAAUCUCUGAAUGCUAUCGAUGCAACGUGUGCGGUGCUUGUGCAUCCAUGUGCCGCGGCACGUUUGGCUGCUGCAUGGUGCCUGCGCAGCUGUUGCAUUGCAGUGCCCAGCCAGAUUACGCCGCUUAUCGAUCGUUUCAUUGACGCCAUUGAACAGAUGCGAUCCUCGCCAGAGGCCAUUGCCGGCUACAGCUGCGCCUUGGCGGCCAUUUUGGGUAGCGCACGCCACUCCCCCUUGGGCAUACCACACACCAAGGGCAAGGUGGUGUUCAAUUGUGCCGAGGAGCUGCUGCGCUCCGCUUCCCAGAAUAGCCGCAUGUCGCUGCAUCGCACCCAAGCUGGCUGGCUACUAAUUGGCGCCAUCAUGACGCUCGGCUCGCCGGUGGUCAAAGGUCUUUUACCACGCAUGCUGUUGCUUUGGCGCAACUCCUUUCCGCGCUCGAACAAGGAACUCGAAUCGGAGAAGGCACGCGGUGAUGCGUUCACCUGGCAGGUGACACUUGAGGGACGCGCCGGCGCCCUGUCAGUCAUGCACAGUUUUCUGCUAAAUUGCCCAGAUCUGGUCAGUGAGGACAUUACGCGGCGUUUGCUCACGCCCAUCGAGAGCGCCCUCGCCAUGCUGGUCAACCUGGCCACUGUCUUGAAGAGCUAUGGAACCCAGCUGAAGGCGCCCGCUGCUAUGGUACGUCUACGUCUCUUUGAAGCCUUGACACUUCUGCCGCCCACAGCUCUGGAAGCUUCCUAUACGCAUCUGCUACGCAUGCUCGUGUCGGAGUUUACUUUGUCGGAUAAUGCUGCCAAUACGACGAACUCUCUGCUGCGCACACUUUGCCAUGGCGAUGAUUCCAUCAUUUUGGGCACUUGGCUACAGGAAACAAAUCAUCGCACCAUCGAGGAUCAGAUGGAGCCCAAUCGCAAAGUCGAUGGCGAGCAUCUUCAGCCGAAUAGCGCCGCUGGGUCCGGUGCUUUGGAGCACGAUCCUUGCUGUCUGUAUCGUCCCAAUUGGUCCGCCCAGCACAGCAGCAAUGCCAGCUCCAAUACGAGCUCUGCAAGCAAUAACAACAACAGCAAUAUACAGUUGAUCAACAAGGCGCAGCAAUGUCCUGGUCCUUUGCCUCUGGGUGUGGCCGUCAUUGAUAUGUCCGUCACCUUGUAUGGCACUAUAUUCCCUAAGGUAGCGAACAAGCACCGCUUACAAAUGCUCGACCAUUUCGCCGAGUGUAUCAAGCAGGCGAAGAGCAAUCGUCAGGAGGCGGUUCAGAUGAACAUCUUCACGGCUCUGCUGUAUGCGCUAAAACAACUGACUGACAGCAAGACGAGCCUUGGCCAAGAGGAUGUCAAGAAAAGCGCCACCAGUCUGAUUGUAGCUUCGUUGACCAGUUCCAAUUCAACCAUACGUUGCGCAGCUGGAGAAGCUCUGGGUCGCUUGGCCCAGGUUGUGGCCGAUUCUCAUUUCACCGCUGAGCUGGCACAGAACAGCUUCGACAAACUGAAGUCGGCGCGAGAUGUGGUCACUCGCACAGGACACUCGCAUGCCCUGGGCUGCCUGCAUCGCUAUGUUGGCGGCAUGGGCAGCUCACAACAUCUGAGCACCAGUGUCUCCAUAUUGCUCGCCUUGGGUCAGGACAGCGCGUCGCCUGUGGUACAAGUCUGGUCGCUCUAUGCACUGGCACAGAUUGCCGACUCCGGCGGUCCCAUGUUUCGUGGCUAUGUGGAGCCCACAUUGACGCUCUCGCUGAAGCUGCUACUCAGCGUGCCGCAUGCUCAUGUGGAUGUGCACCAGUGUGUAGGCCGAGUGGUCAACGCAUUAAUCACCACUGUGGGACCGGAACUCCAAGGCAACAACACGGCCGUGGUCGCAAUGCGCAGUUCCUUCCUGUGCGCUGCAGCACUGCUGCAAUCGCAUGCAGAUCCCUUGGUGCAAGCCGAAGCAAUUGGCUGCCUGCAGCAACUGCAUCUGUUUGCCUGCAAAUCUUUGCAGCUGGAUACGCUCGUACCGACCCUGGUCAAGAUGCUGGCCAGUAAUUAUUUCAUACUCCGAAAAGCCGCUGUCGCCUGUCUGCGUCAGCUGGCGCAUCGCGAGGCGCGUGAGGUGUGCGAGCUGGCCCUAACCAUUACACCGGAACAAUGCCCGGAUUUAGUUAUUACGGAAUAUGGUCUGCCCGGACUACUCUUCUCGAUGCUUGACACGGAAACGGAUGCGGAAAUGCUUAAGAACAUACACGACACGUUGACUUCAAUGCUACAAAUGCUGGCUGCGGACAAUCUAAGCAACUGGCUUAGUCUUUGCAAGAAGGUUCUCACUGUGGCCGUUGAGAGUGGUAGCUCUAAUGAAGAACAAGCGGCGCUGACCGGCUCCACUGAUGCCGGCAGCAAAUCCGGCACAGGCGAGGCACAGCAAACGGACGACGACGAUGACGAAGAGGAGGAGUAUGCCGACGAUGUUACCGAAUAUCGUGCCGAGGAAAAUACCUCCACGCAUCCAGCUGUGCAGCCACGUUGGCCCACUCGAGUCUUUGCCGCUCAAUGUGUCCGUCGCAUCAUUGCCAGUUGUGAGGCAGCAAAUGCCCUGCAUUUUGAUCUGCUGCAGGCCAAGGAACAACAGCUGAUCAAGUCGCGUAGCGGCGAUUAUCUCAUACUCCAUUUGGCGGAGCUCAUACGCAUGUCCUUUAUGGCCGCCACCUCAGAUUCGGAUCAACUGCGGCUAGAGGGCCUGCGCACUUUGCAGGAAAUCAUAGAUCGAUUUGCAAAUGUGCCCGAGCCAGAAUUUCCGGGCCAUUUGCUGUUGGAGCAGUACCAAGCACAGGUGGGCGCUGCCCUACGUCCGGCUUUUGCGCCCGAUACGCCAUCCCAUGUGACUGCUGCUGCAUGUGAGGUUUGCUCCGCCUGGAUUGGAUCGGGUGUUGCACGCGACAUUAGCGAUUUGCGACGUGUGCAUCAGCUGUUAGUCAGCUCGCUGAACAAGCUCUACACGAAGACAAACAGCACGCAGCUAUACAACGAGUCGAUGGCAACGCUGGAGAAGCUCAGUAUACUCAAGGCCUGGGCGGAGGUGUACAUUGUGGCCAUGCUGGGCAAUGGUAAAGCCCCCGCCUCGCUGCUAACCAUCUCGCCAGCAGGCACAACCACAGAACUUGUCACGGGACUUGAACUGGAUACGGAUAACCGUGGUGAGAGUUUGCUUGGUCUGGUGCAACCGGAGCUGCAUAAUCUGUCCAAUCAUUGGCUGGCCGCCAUGAAGGAUCAUGCGCUUUUGCUACUGCCCGUCGAGUUUCAAUCGCAAUUGCCGCGAGACGGUGGUUCCUUCUACACCACAGACACCAUCAACUCGUCCAAGCCACACUACAUGACCAGUUGGCCGCCCAUUUUGUAUGCAGCUGCGCUCUGGCUGCGUGACGAAGGCUUUGCCCGUCAUCAGGAUACACAAAGCCAGUCGGAGGCUACCGACGCAGCUGCGCCAGAGUCUAACAAUAAUCACAUUACACACGGCUCUCUCUCAGCGGACCGCUUCCACAUGAUCUUUGGCAUCUGCAUGGAGGCACUGUGCAGCAUGCGCAGCUCGGAUAAGCCACGGAACAUUGUCAGCUGCUUGCGUGCGCUGCAUAGCAUCUUCGAUUCGGACUGGGCGCGCCGGCAGCUGAUCAAGGAUCGUGCCUUAACCAUUGAACUAUGCCAUGUGCUGCAUCGCCAGAUACUCACACGCGACGAACUGCUCGUUCAGCUGCUGUGCGUAGAAAUAUUGAAGCAAACAAUACAAGCAGCACGCGAGGAUCUGCAACGAAGGCGCGACACUCAACAGCAGCAGCCCGCAGACAAUGCCAAUGAGAAUCAGAAUGAAAAUGAGGAUCUGCAGCUGGGCGAGGGCACCGUCAUGCAGCCGGGCAGUUCACAUGUCUAUGCCGUCCUAGAGGUCUGUCUGUGUUUGUUCGUACGCCAAAUACCUAGCCUCAAUCCUAGCAAGCAAAUCAAUCUUCAGCUGGACUAUGCGUAUGCCAAGAAUGCCUCCUUCUUCUCAGUGCUCGGCGACGACAAUGGUCGCCUCGUGGCUAGCGGUCUGCAGUGCGUCGAGCAACUGCUAGAGCUGUGCACACCCAGUGGCGCUCUAACUGUACUGCCUACCAUACUCUACAUGACCACGAGCAUCAUGCGAGAGAUAGCCAACAAGUCAGCCAUCGAUAGCAGCAUUCUGGCUAACACCUGUGCCGUGCAGGCAGCACUGCAGUGUCUGCGCUCCGUCUGUGUCCAUCGCUGGGCACAUCAGGCAAGCACCCAAGAGGAUUGGCAGCAGCUGUUGCAAAGCGCACUGGCCACCAUUAUAGAUAUGACCAAGACGGCGGGUGAUAAUGAAGAACGUAAAGUAGAUGAGGUCACCAUGUUGUUGGCCAUUGCUGUAUUCAUACUGCACACGCCCGCCUCUGUGGUGGCUGCGCCCUCGCUGCAAUAUCCUUGCAUUAAUCAUUUCCGGCAGUGUUUGCAGUCGGAGCAUUUGUCUGUAAAAUUGAAAUGCAUCGAGACGACGCGUUCCAUUUUCACAAAAGCGGACCUAAAGACGGCCACGCCGUACAUCCAUGCGCUGGCACCUCGCAUCAUUGAAUCGCUGUACUCCGAGUCCAGCAAGACGCCAGCCAGUGAACUGGAACUACAGGUGACCCUCGAAAGCAUUGUGACCGUGGAGCAGCUCAUAGAGCUUGCCGAGCCGCAGAAUCGAAACUUGCUACAAGACAUACAAAUGCUCACGCUGCUGGUGCCGGUGCUCAUUGGCUACUUGGCCGAGGCAAGCAAGCUGCGUACGAUGCCCAAAUAUCAGCGUCAACUGCAUGAACAAUCCCUCAACUGGCUGCUGAAGAUCGGGCCCAAAUAUCCGCAAGAGUUCAAGGCGCUGAUGGGUCAAAAGGCCGACCUACGACAAAAACUGGAGGCAGCCAUACGUAACCAACAGCAGUCAAUUAAUCUCGCCCAGAAAGCCAAUGAGGCGCAGCGCAACGGUUUGCUGGCCAAGCCGCAAAAGCCGACUAUCAAGCUGAAAACGGACUUUAGCAACUUCCAAUAACUAAAAUGAUCCCUCAAAUGUUUACGUAUAUAUAUAUAUAUAUAUAUAUGCCUAUAAUAGCGUGCGUUAUUAGAACUUGCUUUUAUUGCUAUAAACGUAAUAAGUACCUAAAGAACCUAAACUGCAUAAAUACGACGUAUGUAUCACAUUUUUAAGGGCUACUCCCACAUAUGAUAAUCAGUUUUGUUGGGAAUGCAACAUAUUGUUAGUUAUUAUAUAUAUACAAAUAAACACGAUAUAAGUUAUAUAACCUAUUUAA